AUGUCAAGGUACAACUUUUUGCUGUGCUUGAUGGUUCUGAUGUCUCUGGGACAGUCGGGCAGCGACGAGCCUCAUCUGCUGCUGCCUCCUGCCAGCGAGAUGCCCACGGACCCCGGGCUGUCGCUCAUGGACGAAGAAGCAGCUGCUCACGAGUGUUCCGCGUGCGUGUGGAGGGAGCAGAGCAAAGUCCUGAGACUGGAAACCAUCAAAUCCCAAAUCCUGAGCAAGUUGCGUCUGAAACAGGCGCCCAACAUAAGCCGCGAGGUGGUGAACCAGCUGCUGCCGAAAGCCCCGCCGCUUCAGCAGCUCCUGGACCACCACGAUUUCCAAGGAGACGCGUCAUCCCAGGAUGAGUUUAUGGAGGAGGACGAAUAUCACGCCACCACAGAGUCCGUUAUCACGAUGGCCUCCGAGCCGGAACCACUGGUCCAGAUCGAUGGGAAACCCAGCUGCUGCUUCUUCAAAUUCAGCCCCAAGCUGAUGUUUACCAAGGUCCUGAAGGCCCAGCUGUGGGUGUACCUGCGACCGCUGCAGCAAACCUCGACUGUCUAUCUGCAGAUCCUUCGACUCAAGCCCGUCACAGAGCAGGGCAGCCGCCACAUUCGCAUCCGCUCUCUGAAGAUUGAACUCAACUCCCGCGUGGGCCACUGGCAGAGCAUUGACUUUAAGCAUGUGCUGCAGAACUGGUUCAAACAGCCCCACACUAACUGGGGGAUCGACAUCAACGCCUUCGACGAGAGCGGCAAUGACCUGGCGGUCACCUCACUGCGACCCGGCGAGGAGGGGCUGCAGCCAUUCCUGGAGGUGAAAGUUCUCGAGACGACCAAACGCUCUCGGAGAAACCUCGGCCUCGACUGUGACGAACACUCCACCGAGUCUCGCUGCUGCCGCUACCCCCUGACAGUGGAUUUUGAGGCAUUCGGCUGGGACUGGAUCAUUGCCCCCAAGCGCUACAAAGCCAACUAUUGCUCUGGCCAGUGCGAGUAUAUGUUUAUGCAGAAAUACCCACACACCCACCUGGUGCAGCAUGCCAACCCUCGGGGCUCCGCUGGGCCCUGUUGUACCCCAACCAAGAUGUCACCAAUCAACAUGCUCUACUUCAACGACAAGCAACAGAUCAUCCACGGCAAGAUCCCGGGCAUGGUGGUGGAUCGAUGCGGCUGCUCGUAG